UUUUUAAAAAAAUAGCUAAUACUUAAUUAAUCACGUGUUAAUACGAACAUAGUUUUUCGUGCAAACUCCAAGGAAUCAUAUACUCGAAAGUAAAGAGACAAAAAUAGUUAUAGGUGUAGCAUUCUUUCGUUCAUUCUCUUCUUAUCACUAGUGUAUAAUUUCUCUUCUCCUUCGCUCUAUCUAUUUUUUUUGAAGGAAACCUUCGCUCUGUUUAUGUCAUAUAGCCAUACGCACUUCCUAGUUCCUAAUUAGUAAGUGGGCCAUCGGUGAGCAAGCUGGGCUAGUCUUAUUCGGCCCACGGUUUCCCAGCACUCCCAUUGACCCUCACUGCACGAUAAUCAAAACUCCACCAAAACCCAGGGGAACAAAUUUAGGAAAAGAGUACAUAUUAUAUAUGCUUGUGAUAGUAUACAUAUUGUUUCAUUAAAAAUCUUGAUAAAUAAUCAUCCAAGUGAAAAGCGUAUGAUCCAUCCAAUUAAUCAUCUUAAUUUUAUAAAUUGAAUUUAGGUAUUUUGAUCUUUCAUGUCAAGUUUCAAAUGAAUUACUGAAACUCUUCCUUUAAAUUUUUCAUUUCUCUAAACCUCAUAAUUCCGGUUUCUCCCACAGUAUAUCAUAUCGAAAGAAAGAUGUUGUCCACCGCAGCUCCCUACCACAUUAGGGCAUCUAGUGUGCCAGAGUCAUUUAGCAACUCUAAUUUCCUAACGUUUCUUGACGUAGCCAUAAGGUUCAUUUUUUUAAUUUUUUUACAAGGAUUAUGUUUUUAAAACAUUAUUUACAAAUGUUUAUAUGAAAAAAAGAGCAUCACCAAUAGUCCUCACAAAUUUUGAGGGAUUUUAGUUAAAAAAACCACUUCAACAGAUCACCUACUCCUUAACAUAAUUUUUGGAAUUCCCUCCCUUGAAAGAUUCGCUCGGUUGAUAUGCGGGAGAGUGUGCUCCCCUAACCCACUCCCAAUAUUGCCACUCCCACGUUCCUCCUCUCCUUGCCAAGAUCCUCCCGCGUGUUAGAUAGAGGAAAACGGGAGAAUUUUAUUAGUACUUUAACAAAAAAAGGCACAAAUUUAGGAUUUAGGGAUAAAAAUUAGGAUUUCUAUUAGAGAAAUCAGUUUUUUAAUUUUCUAUUUUCAGUUUAGGGGAAAAAAAUUGGGGAGAUUAUAUGUGAUCUCUUAAUAAGAGGUCCUACUCGAAUUCCUUCGAACAUGGGCCGGGCCCAGGCGGGCCAAGCUUUUCCCAGCUGUCCGGGCUGGCGGUGACUUCUACUUGGCCCAUGCAAUGUUUGGUUGGUUUCAGCCCACAACAGCAGAACAACUCACCCGUGCCCUCCACCAGAUCCACCACCCCUUUUUUUUUCUCUCUCUUCCCCCAAAAUCCCCCACAUCGUCGGCGGCGUUCGCCGCAAUCCCUCCUGCGCCGCCGCGGCGACCUCCUCCCUCCCCUCGCCGUCGUCUCCAACGCGGGCGCCCGAAUCGAGAUUGGGGUUUUGAUGACGGGGAAUUGAUCUCGAUCGUUGUCGGAGCCGGGGGAGAUGCCGUGCUGCAGCGCGGUGCUGAGCGCGGCGGCGGCGGCGGCCGCGGCAAGCCGCACGCCGCCGUGGCUGCACCGCCUCCACGCCAAAGGGGGCCUGUCUUUCCCCUCCAACCUCCACAUCGACGACCUCCUCUACGGCCAGCACCACGCCCUACCCCAUCCUCCGCCGCCGCCGCCGCCGCCGCAGCCUGCGAAGGAGCCACCGCCGCCUACCAAGCCGAAGCAUCCGAAGCCCAAGCAGCAGCAGCAUCCACCGCCGCCGCCGCCGCAGAAGCCACCGCAAGGUAGCACCAAUCUCUCCCUACCAAACCCUAGCGGAAGCGGAAGCGGCAACGGCAACCCACCACCAUCGCCACAGCUGCAGCUCUCCACCGUCAUCGCCGACGUCUUCGUCACCCCCUCCUCCGCUCCUCCGCUCAUCGCGCCGAUCAAGGCCUUCCGCAAGCAGAACCACCCGCGCCCUAGGCCCGACAAGGCCUCCCGCCCCAGCAAGGAGAACAAGGACAAGGCCUCCAAGGUCAAGGUCAAGAAGCGCCGCCGCUCCGACCGCGCCGCCGAUGGCGACGGCGAGAGGUGUAGCAGGACCGAGGUCACCGUCAUCGACACCAGCACCGAUGGGUGGAAGGCGGCGAAGCUGCUCCUCCGGAGAGGCGCCGUCUGGAAGGUGAGGGACAAGGCCUCCGGGGUCUCUGAACCUGAGGAUCCCACCAAGAUGAAGAGGAGGGCCGGCUUGGUCUCCAAGAUUCAGAGGGACAGGGAGAAGCAGAAGCAGAAGGAGAAAGAAGCAACCUCAUCGGGAAACAUUCAUGCUAGUAGUGGAGAUGGGAUGAAAGAGCCUGAUGGUCCUAUUCAAGCACUGAAAAGAUCUAGAGGUCCUGAGCCAGAACCAGAAAUUAUAGCGCUUCUUCAUUGAAAAACUACAGAUAGAGGCUAGAAGAAUGGAUUACAGUAGACUUCCCCAACUUAAGAGGGAAUUGAAGCCAAUAAUCGCAUCUUGACAACAUUGUCGCGUUGCUUCAAAAUGAAAAAAAAAAUCCAGUUCGUCUUACCCUGUACAUCUGUUGGUGUUUCUGAUUGAUGCCUGUUAGAUAUUCCAAUUGUUGAUAUCUGGUCUUUUUUUUUUAGCGUAUCAUGUUUUAAAAUGACACCUUGCUAGGUCUUCUAAAAAUGUUUUUGCUGUUGGUGGGGGAUUGAUUCAUUUAGUUUGUUUGACUCCUCAUGCACUAAACUAAGAUGGGUAGUGUAAAUGUGAUAUUUAUGUUGGUAGCCUAGUUGCUGCAUAAUUUAGUUUCCACUGUUGGCAUUUGGGUAACUGUUUCGUGUAAGGAUGGAGAUUCAUCCAAAUGGUAAAGGUUGAAAUGCUAUUGCUGUGAGAUCUGUGCAUAUUUGUAGUAA